AUGCGAUUUCCUCACCAUAGCCUUUCCACCUGCAUCCGAAGAUGUAUAAGCACUCAGCCCAACGGCAUCGAAAACAUCGUACGACAAUCCAGCCCUUCACAAUGUUUCCACCGAAAAUUCCCAUCACCACUGCAGCGUCAGUGUGGGUUCUCAUCCUCUAGCUUAACGCGACAGCAGCAGCAACAACAUCAACGGGGAGCACCUGAACCCCUAGCUGGAGAUCCGGACAGGACACAACACCACCCGGGCGGAAACAGCACCACUGGAACUAGCAAGAAGGCAACCAAGAAACGCGCCAAGGGCCGCGGCAAAAAUCCGCUACGGGCCAUUGCUAUCAAGGCCCAGAAGCAACCCUCUACGAGCACGCGAGAUGUCGGCAAGAGGCACGCGUCGUCGGACGAACCUGCGCUCCCCAACACCAAUGAAGGUGCGGGCGCCUCGCUCGUCACAGCUGUCUGCGUGGCCGAGGGCUUCAACAUGGACGGCGUGACGCGCAUCCUCUCGGCACACGGCUAUUCGCUCGACCCCGAGGGCACCGGCUUCGAGCCGCAGGAAGUGGUGCACGCGCGCGCAAAGGGCCAGGGCGACAUCUUCGUCUUCCCCUCGGGUACCGUGGUGGCCUGGUCGCUGCCAACCGACGUCGUCGAGUCGCUGGCCGCCGAGACGCUGCUCCCGGCGGCACAAGAGCCGCACGUGGCCAGCCUCGAGACCGAAGACCUGUACUUUGUCACAGACCCGGACCGAGAGGUUAGCGCCGUCAAGGGUGACGAUACGGUGGUAUUGGGCACGCGGCGGGAGCUGCGCGAUGGGGACCGUUUGGACACGACGUUGGCGCAGAUAGCCUUCUCGUCGGGCCUGGCGCAGAGCACCAAGCUUGCCGUGCUUGAGGCGUGCCUGACCGACUACUUCAAGUCGAUGCGGCGGCUUCCCGAGAACCUGUCGCGAGGAUCUGAUCUCCGUCUGAAUAAUCGCAGUUUUAUCUUGCAAAAGACUGGCGAGUUGCUCAGUCUGCGGGCGCAGCUCAAUCACUACUCGGAGCUCACCGACUCCCUGCCGGACAUCUUCUGGGAGAACCGGGGCUCGGACGAGUUGAAUCUCGAAAGCUACUUUGACCAGGUUGGCAAGUCGCUAGACAUUCGCGUCCGUAUUCGCAUCCUGAAUGAGAAGAUGGACUACGCCCAAGAAAUGGCCUCUGUGCUCCGUGAGAUGGCGGCACAAAAGCAUGGGACGCGGCUCGAAUGGAUCAUUAUUAUUCUCAUUGCCGUCGAAGUCAUGUUCGAGUUGCGGCGUGUAUACAUAGAGUCGACGUCCAGUCGACAUGAAGGAGACGACGACUAA